CGGCCCCAGCCAGGGAAUUUCAAUUUGAAACCUUAGGCGGAGGGUGGCGGCGGCAGGGCGCGGAGGGCCGGCGGCCGGGGCUGAAGCGGGACGUGUCCCCGGGGGCGAGCAAGCUCGAGAAGGGGGCGGUGUCCGGUGUAAGUUGUAACCAUGACUACUGAAGUUGGCUCUGCAUCUGAAGUGAAGAAGGGCUCUGACCAGGCAGGAGCCGAUGCACCUAAGGAGAAAGCUAAAGAAGUCACAGAAAAUGAGCAGAAUCAGUUAUCUGAGCCAGAGGAGGAAAAAGGUUCCCAGCCAGGCCCCGCAGUUGAAAGCCAAAGUAGUCUCCGCCGGCGGAAAAGAGAGAAGGAGCCAUCUGAGAGCAGGGGCAUUUCUCGAUUCAUACCCCCAUGGCUUAAGAAGCAGAAGUCGUAUAACUUAGUGGUAGCCAAAGAUGGAGGAGAUAAAAAAGAGCCUACUCAAGCUGAUGUGGAAGAACAGACCUUGGAUAAAGAGGACUCCCUUCCUGAAGAAGAGAGCCGGGCCAAGGGCGACGCAGAAGAAAUGGCUCAGAGGAAACACCUCGAGGUUAAGGUGGAGGUCAAGGAAGAAAAGCCUUCCUUGAAAAGCAGUGCUGAGACCCAGCCUGCUGAAGAAGUGCAGAAGGACAGAGAAGAGGAAAAGAUCAAGGAGACGCAGGAAGACAAACUGGAAGGAGAGGCAGCAAAGAGGGAGACCAAGGAAGUGCAGACCAGUGAGCUGAAAGCAGAGCUGGCCCCCCAGAAAACUGCCAAGAAGACCAAGGCUGUCCUGGCCAAAGUGACCCUCCUGGAUGGCACCGAGUACAGCUGUGACCUGGAGAAACGUGCUAAGGGACAAGUGUUGUUUGACAGAGUGUGUGAGCACCUCAAUCUCCUGGAGAAGGACUACUUUGGACUUCUGUUUCAGGAAAAUGCUGAGCAGAAAAACUGGCUAGAUCCAGCAAAAGAAAUAAAGAGACAGCUGAGAAACCUUCCCUGGCUGUUCACUUUUAAUGUGAAAUUUUAUCCUCCGGAUCCUUCUCAAUUGACUGAAGAUAUCACCAGAUAUUUCCUGUGCCUUCAACUGCGGCAGGACAUUGCCUCUGGCCGCCUGCCCUGUUCCUUUGUCACUCAUGCCCUUUUGGGAUCCUACACAUUGCAGGCUGAACAUGGAGACUAUGACCCAGAAGACUGUGACAGUAUGGAUCUUAGUGACUUCCAGUUCGCCCCAUCCCAGACCAAGGAGCUGGAAGAAAAGGUGGCAGAGCUGCAUAAAACUCACAGAGGCUUAUCUCCAGCACAAGCUGAUUCUCAGUUCUUAGAAAAUGCAAAGAGGCUUUCCAUGUACGGUGUUGACCUGCAUCAUGCCAAGGACUCUGAAGGUGUGGACAUCAAGCUGGGUGUGUGUGCUAAUGGCCUUCUCAUUUACAAAGACAGACUGAGAAUCAAUCGUUUUGCUUGGCCGAAGAUCCUGAAAAUUUCCUAUAAGCGCAGUAAUUUCUACAUUAAGGUUAGACCAGCAGAGCUGGAGCAGUUUGAGAGCACCAUUGGAUUCAAAUUGCCAAACCACCGGGCAGCUAAAAGGCUGUGGAAAGUAUGUGUGGAGCAUCACACUUUCUACAGGCUUGUGUCUCCAGAGCAGCCACCAAAGGCCAAGUUCUUGACCUUGGGGUCCAAAUUCCGCUACAGUGGACGCACCCAGGCACAGACCCGCCAAGCAAGCACCCUCAUAGAUAGGCCAGCACCACACUUUGAGCGUGCCUCUAGUAAACGUGUCUCAAGGAGCCUAGAUGGAGCUCUGAUUGAUGUUGUGGACCAAAGUCUUCUGAAGGAUUUUCCUGGCCCUCCGGGAGAGGGUUCAGCACUUGGCCCUGGAGCUGCCAGCUAUACCACCAUUCAAGAUGGGGAUAGCCGGAGGGAUGUCAGAAGCCCCACAAAAGCCACACCUCUGCCCGCUGAAGGAAAGACUGUGUGCAUGUGCCCUCCGUCACCUCUCAUUUGCUGUACUUCAUCUUUUUCCCCACACCUCCUGCCAGUCCCGGAAGUGGACUUGCUGUCAGACAUUUCAGAGGAAGACCCUUCUGGGGAGGCUGAUGAGACCACACUAGAUAGCUUUGAGCUGCUUUCCACAGGUGGAGCAUCAGAGCAGGGUGACCCUGAGGUGGCCACAUUGGAUUCUGUCUUAGAUCCUGCUGUAGCCCCUCCUCAAACUGAUUGUCCUUUCAUCCACGAGAAGACUCUCAAAUCAGCUGACCCAAAGGAUUCUGAAUUUGGUUACUUUUCACUUAACUUUUACAAAUACUUUGCCUCUGGCUUGCCUUCCCUUCUUGAUGAAGAUGGAUACCUUGCCUUCCCCAGCCUCCCCAAGAUCUGGGUUUCCUUCCUCCCUCCUGACGUUCAGCAUUACAUCCCCAUCACAUCCCCUUCAUUCAUUCCUUCACUUAUCCUCAUCUUCGGGCUGCUUCUCUCAGCUUCUCAGUCAGUUUCUUUUUCUCUUACCUUUUCACUUCCUCUGGCACUAGCCCUCUGCUAUCUGGAGGGGAAAGCCACUGCCUUUCACGUUUUUUAUGACUGUGAUUUGAAUGACAGACCAGAGGAAGAGGAAGCAGUGGCCAGCAUGCCUUCAUAAGCUGCAGUUUUUGAAGUCCACCCAACCAUUCUUUGUUAUAUCCCCUUUCUAAUAUAGCAUCUAAACCUGUGCAUUAAUUUUACUGACUGUCCUCAAAAUAGUAUGUACACAUUUACACACAUACAUACGUGCAUGAGUGCUAAGUGUAGAUACUCCUCUGCAUCACUAUCCUAGGUCUAGGUACAUACAUUCUAAAUUCAGCACAAACUCACAAGAUUGUUGUAUAAAUAUCUUAAAUCAUGCUAGAUUGUUAAAGGAGUGUGUGAGCUGGGAAUCUGUACUAUCCUUAAGUAUUCAUCUUGGCUCUGUUUUGAAGAUAAAUGUUAGCGCUGUUCCUUAAGCAUGGGAACUUUAUGUUUUGAAACAAAACUUAGAAUGUUUCGGACAUAAUUGUAAUUGACAUGUAUCAGUAGAACUUAAUAUUAUUAAUCUUGAUCAAAACCCAGGCUUGUAUUUGCACUUAGGAGCCUGAGUCUGUAAACGACACUCCUAAUCUCAGAAACUCCAUGAUGUACUUUUAGCAUUCGGGGACCAGAGAGAUGAAUUUAGUGUUGUAUUCUUUCUUCUACCCUGAGUCAUGCAAUUAUAUAAGAGUCAUUGUAAGCUAUUUUAUAAGAAAAAUGAUUGUGUAUUAUUUAACAAAUAUGUAUGAAAAAUGAAACAUGGCUGAGAGAAUAGAGUGUAUAUGAAGGGUUAGCCUUUUUCACUUUUUUAUUUAAAAUGAGGUGUCUGAGACUUUCUGUCUGUGUAAGAGCUAUUUUGAAGUGUUCUACCUCUACACUGCCAGAAAGUCGAUCUUAACAUGUGCAGUGUGUUUUUAAUGAUUUUGCUCAAGGUGGUCUGGUGACUAAGUGUCUUGUAUCUUAGGGAUUCUAUCAACACAGAUUAAAUCACAGAAUUCAGAGCAAACACAAAGAAAAAUACUAGAAAUGGAUUGAGUGUGCAUUGUAGGAGAAGCUGUAAUUCUUUACAUUUACUUGAGAAAUACCAAAGAUCAACCUUUUCGUGAAUUAAAUGUUGACCAGGAAAUUGGAGGCUGAUUCUUCACAGAGCUGUGUCACAUUUUUCACCUCUGAUACAACUGGUGGGGUGGUGGUGCUCUCAGGGCCCAUUACCUCUCACACAUACCACUGAAUGGCUACAGACAGGCCAGCCUGUGGGUGGAUUAUCCUGGAUAAUCCUUUCGGCUGGCCAAUGUUUUUGUUUUUACACACUAGUUAGUUUCCUGCUGUCAACCUUUACUUAGUGUUUCUUAGUCUUAAGCCUUCAAGUUAAUUCUUUGGGGUCAUUAAAUAUUGGGAAAUGUCCAACUGCAGCGUACUAUUGUAUAAAAAUUUUUAUGGAAAAACUGUAUAUUUUAAAGAUUAUUUGCGAAUACUCAUUUUAAUAUGAAAAAAA